UCGUCGUCUUCUGCCAUCACACGGUUGCCGGCAUCGUCCCCCCUCGUUCACCAUCCAGCUAUAUACACAAACCCUGGCAACGCCGCGAUUGUGCCGGGGAAUAAGUUUUCUCGCUCACGCACACCCUGCCAUGUAAUGUUAUUGUUGUCGUCGUCGUUUUGAGUGCAACAGUGCGCGAAGAUGAGGUUGCAAGUUGUGUGCUAUUAAGUGUUAAGUGCGAGAUGUAGCUUUGCGCCGCCAAGAUGAUGUGGACAACCACGAGGACGACCAAAUACGCUGUCGCCAUCUACAACUGGCGCGGCGACACUCGCUAUGGUCUCCCACUUGAAAUCGGCGAAACCGUGCAGAUCCUCGAGGAGUGCGCUGGCUGGUACAGAGGAUUCUCAACGAAGAACCGUGCCGUAAAAGGCAUAUUUCCAAGUUCCUAUGUACAUUUGAAAUCGUGCAGGAUAGAAAACGAAGGUCUAUUCGAGUCGGUGGUUCCCUUGGAGGAUCCCGUCGUGCGAGAGGUCACGCUAGUCUUGCGAGAAUGGGGCAGCAUAUGGAAGAGGCUAUAUGUGGACCGAGAAACCUACAAAUUCAACACACUGCGAAAGGUCAUGUACGAACUGCUGGAAUGGAGGAGGCAGUUACUGGCGGGCACGCUGACGACCGACCAGACGCGCGAACUCAAACUGCAGAUUAUCAACAAAAUCGACUGGGGAAAUCGAAAAUUGGGACUCGACUUGGUACCUCGACAAGGAAGCCACAUGGUAGAUCCAGAUUCCAUGUCCGUGAUCGAGUUGUACCAAGUGCACGUGCAGAGCGCCGAGAACUCGCAAGGGGCAUCAGGACGCGGCACUUUGCGUCGCCGCGAGCACAGAAAAGUACUGACGCACCAUCUGUACUUUUGCAUGCGUGAUUUCGGCCACUCCGUCGGCGAGGACGCCGAGAUAUAUUUCUCGCUGUACGACGCCAAACGCGGACAAUACAUGAGCGAACGCUUCCUCGUACGAAUAUCCAAGGAGGGCUUCUCCAACUACGUGGAGAAGAUGCACAGCAACUGCACGAUAUUCACCGAUUUGGGCAACGCGGAUUUGAGCAGGGAUUUAUACAUGGUCGCGCACGUGAUGAGAUGCGGCAAGAUGCUUUAUUCGGAUUCGGGCAAAAACAAGGCCGGAUCCGCCGUCUAUCGGAGGCCACAUGGUGUCGGCGUGCUCUCGUUGGUCGAUGCUACCCAGGAACAGACCGAAGAGCUUGAGCUUACGUUUAAGGUGUACCAGGGCGACGAGAAGGAAUUCCACCAGCUGCACGAGCAAAUAAUCCGCAACAACAAGUGUUCGCCGUUGCCGGGCCAGCCGAACUACGGGAUAGUGGUAUCGUUCCGCGUGUUGCACGGCGAGCUGUGCCAGGUGCGCGAGGACAAUCCGCUUCUCUUCAAGAACAUCUGCCUCACCAAGAAGCUCGGCUUCUCCGACGUGAUCAUGCCUGGCGACGUCCGCAACGAUCUUUAUCUCAAACUCGAGCGCGGCGAAUUCGAACGCGGUGGCAAGUCCACCGGCAAGAAUAUCGAGGUAACUAUCACGGUAUUAGACGCCGAAGGCCAGCCGCUCGAGGGAUGUCUAUUCGGAGCAGCCGGGAUGGAUGGGAGUUCGGAGUAUCAAAGUUUAGUGAUUUACCAUCACAAUAGUCCGUCUUGGGCUGAAACUCUGCGGCUCGCCGUGCCUAUUGACAAGUUCUACGCCAGUCACGUGCGCUUCGAAUUUCGACAUUGUUCCACCCGCGAGAAGAAUGACAAGAAGCUGUUUGCCUUCGCAUUCGUACGGCUGAUGGAGACGGGUGGCGCGACCCUCCAGGAUGGCCUGCACGAGCUCUACAUUUACAAAUGCGAGGAGCGCGCGAAAUUGGAGUCGCUCAGUUACCUCGCUUUGCCGAGCAACGCCCGCGAGCCAAAUUGCCAAGGUGUGGCACCUUUUUCACGUUCACCGAAGGAGAUCGUUGUCGUGCAAACUUUACUGUGCAGCACAAAAUUAACUCAAAACGUCGAUCUUCUGAGUCUGUUGCAAUGGAAGGCUCACCCAGAAAAGAUAUUCGAAGCUCUUGGCCGAGUACUUCGUCUCGAGGGCGAGGAACUGGUCAAAUUUCUCCAGGAUAUUCUUGAUUCUUUGUUCGCAAUGUUCCACACCGAAGAUGGCAAUUCUACUGCCCAUUCUGGCCUCGUCUUCCAGGUGCUCGUCUCGAUAUUCAUUCUCCUCGAGGACUCCAAGUUCGAGCACUUCAAGCCGGUAAUAAACGCCUACAUCUCGGGCCACUUUGCGGCCGCACUGGUCUAUCAGGGUCUGAUCAGCAGCGUGCAACACUGUACCGAGUGGGUGACCGUACCAGAGAAGCAGGAGUUCAUCAUGAAGUGCUUCAGAUCUCUCGAGUACAUCUUCAAGUUCAUUAUCCAGAGUCGAAUACUUUACGCUCGAGCGACCGCCGGCCAAUACGAGGACAGUUUUCGCAAGGAUCUCUACUGCGUUUUCGCCUCGUUCAACAAGAUGCUCACUCUACCCUACGAGAUGGUACUUGGCCUUCAAGUGGCAGUAAUUACAUCCAUGCCGGCUGUCUUCGAGCAACUAAUCGACGUGCUUUCGAUAUUGGAAGUUGCUACUAUGACUUGCUCGCUGUUGGAUUCGGUGCCGAGGGAUGCUGCGCCACAGUUGAUACAAGCUAAACUCGAAGCGAUCAAGAGUUUAGUCUCGUCCGAGCUAUUUAAAGACGACGAAAGUAGAAACAUGCUGUUGGGGACGAUAUGCCGUCACUUGAGAAUUCACCUGGUACGUCGAGAAGAGCUGCGCACCUGCACUGAAAUUUUGGGCGAAAUUCUUGGAUUUAUGUACAAGAGAGGCAGAGACGGCAAAGUCAACAACUGCGUUCAUCAUGACGUGGAAACAUUGUGUCUGGCGAUACUCGAUGUUCUCAUACAAACGAUCUUAAUCAUCAUAAACGCCGGUGGCUCUAUACUCAACUGUCUGGUUGCUUGUCUCAUGGGACUGCUACAACUGUUAGACGAGUAUCAUUACGCGAGGCUUUGGGAAGAAUUGACGAGCGGUGGCGAGAGAAAACCUCUGAAAGACUUUUUACUGAAAGUGUUUUUAGUUUUACGGGAGUUGGUUAGGCAAGAAAUUUUUCCUCCUGAUUGGCUAGUACUCAGGAUGCAGGCUAAUCAGAUUAUUCUUAAAUCUCUACAAGAACUUGCUCAACCACUUGCGUUCAGAUUCUUACAUGGAAGUUUCGAUUCCCAAUUGUGGUCGACGUAUUUUAAUCUAGCAGUGGCAUAUUUGACGCAACCAUCUUUGCAGCUUGAGCAAUUUUCCGAAGUCAAACGAGAGAAAGUCAUCGAGAAAUAUGGCGAUAUGCGCGUACUCAUGGGAUUCCAAAUUCUCUCCAUGUGGUCGCACUUAGGCGACAAGAAACUUGAGUUCAUUCCAGGCAUGGUCGGCCCAUUUCUUGAAGUUACACUUGUACCUGAAAGCGAACUGCGUAAAGCGACGCUUCAUAUCUUUUUCGACAUGAUGGAGUGCGAACAACGAGCGCGCGGCAGCUUCAAAUCGGUCGAGUCGGAAUUGAUCGAUAAACUGGAUAUUCUUAUAAGCGAAAACAAAGGGGAUGACGAAUAUAGACAGCUUUUUAAUACGAUGGAACAUCUCAGUGCUGUGUUGUUAGAUCGAGUACAAUCAGAAGAUCCAACUUGGAAGGACAGUGGCACGGCUUUCAUAACUUCUGUCACGCGCCUAUUAGAGCGGCUACUGGACUAUCGUAGCGUCAUACAAGGCGACGAAAAUCGUGAUAAGCGCAUGUCUUGCACAGUGAACCUUCUGAACUUCUACAAAAACGAGUUCAAUCGCAAAGAAAUGUACCUCCGUUACAUCUACAAGCUGCACGACCUGCAUCUCGCAGCGGAAAACUACACGGAAGCUGGCUUCACAAUGAAGCUCUAUGCCGACCAAUUAGGCUGGGGUUCGACUGUUCUUAUGGCUGAUCACAAUUAUCCCCAACAACCUGAAUGGCAGAGAAAGGAGUUACUCUAUCAUAAAAUCAUCCACUAUUUCGAUCGAGGAAAGUGCUGGGAAAAGGGUAUUCCAUUAUGUAAAGAGCUCGCGGUUCUUUACGAGACAAGGCUAUACGAUUAUGCAAAACUUAGCGAGAUUCUCAAGGUCCAGGCCAAGUUUUUGGAUAACAUCUUGACCCAGCUCAGACCUGAGCCGGAAUACUUCAGAGUUGGCUUUUAUGGAUUGAGUUUUCCGUUGUUUGUCAGGAAUAAACUUUUUAUCUACCGAGGUCUAGAAUACGAAAGAAUCGGCGCAUUUACACAACGACUGCAAACAGAGUUUCCGAGUGCGCAAAUUUUAAUGAAAAAUUCUCCGCCAGACGAAUCCAUUCUUGCGUCGGAAGGCCAAUAUAUCCAAAUUUGUAAUGUAAAACCAAUCCCCGAAGAAGGAAGUCUGGGCUGCAGUCAGUUCGAGGUGCCAGAACGCGUAGUGGCGUUCUAUCUGGUGAACGACGUGCGUCGUUUUGUAUUCGAUCGACCAUUGCACCGCGGACAAGUCGACCGCGAGAAUGAAUUCAAGUCCCUGUGGAUCGAACGUACAAGCCUUACCACCGAGGCCAAACUACCGGGAAUCUUGAGGUGGUUCGAAGUUAUCGACAAGAAAUCCGAACUUCUGGCGCCUGUGCAGUACGCUUGCGAGACUAUGCAGAGCGUCGAGCGUGAACUGCGGCGACUUGUUGCACAGUACACCGCGGAGCCACAUCGAAAUAUCAAUCCGUUCAGUAUGCGACUGCAAGGCAUAAUCGACGCAAACGUAAUGGGUGGCAUCACCAAGUAUCAAGAGGCAUUCCUGACGGCCGAGUUCGCACGGCAAAAUGCGGAAAUGAUACCGCACGUUAACAAGCUGAAGAAUCUCAUUCUAGAUCAGAUGAGCGUGCUGGAAUCUGGGCUAGUGUUACACGGCCAAAUCGCACCCGCGGGUGUGCAACCGUUACACAAGAGACUGAUUGAAAGGUUUACGCAACUGAAGCAGAGUCUGGGUCCGAUGACAAGGCAGCGUAUCGUGCAUCAAGACAGUAUUAUCAACUCACCAUUGCCACCAGUACCUGUGGACAAACAACGACCCGUAACUCUCGAAUCAAUGAUCGGUUCGCGAAUGUCAAGAGCCGACAGCGACAGUCAUCUCGACGACGAAGGUUUUUACACUAAAGUCGAGCAUUGCACAAGCAAUGGCAGUGCAAGCGGCGAGAUUGGACCGCCACCGCCGAUACCACAGCGCGAAGUGCGACCACGAUCCGUUGGUUACGGCACUACGCCACCAAGACCAACUCAUCAGCGUACACUAAGCAAACCGCUUAGCCCCAAGCUCCCGUUAAGAAACUCACUUUCCACUCCGACUGAUGGUGGUGAUCAGAAUAAUAUGAUUAAUUCUUGGAGCGAACCGAGUACGGAACCUGCACCACCUUUACCUCCACGUGGUUUAGUGCCUGACAAAAGAGAUAUGAGCACAAGCUUAAUAGCACCGCCAGCACCACCCAAACGACUGUCGCACAAACGUAGCAAUGACUGGAGUGGCGACGACGAUCCGAGAAAUUCAACCGACUCACACGACUUACGCGAUAGUGGCAUAUCGACUUUAUCUAGUCUCUCGGAUUUUCAAUCACACAUGUCCAACCUGAACAAUCUCAGCUAUGAAGAUUUCGAGCCACGGGCCAGGUGUAACGACAUCAUGAAUAUCUCACCUCCCACUGUGAUAAGCGCUAUGACUAUAUCGACAGUCAGCUUCUCUAGCGUUUCCAGUGUGAAUUUUCAAAAUUCUCAUACCAUACUUGGUCAAGAGACAAGUCCGCCGCCAAUACCUCCGAAAGCUAAUCAAGAUACUCCAUCAGCGCCGUCAACCUUGGAACGCGUUAACAAUCGAAACCAUAACUCGACGUCUACUAAUCACACGGACAACUACUCUGUACCGAAAUUACAAAAUAGUCUUUCCAUUGCUUCGGACGGGGAUGCCGUUUAAGGAGUCGUUUUUUCAUUGUAUCCUAGUCUAUAGCACGUAAUUUUAUAUGUUUGUGAAACCUGUCUAAAUAACGUUGUGAGUUUCGGAAGUCAGAGUUAAGUUUAUUUAUGAUGCAUAUUUAAUGUCAAUAGCCUUUGCAGAUUUUUUAUUGAGUUAAAUGGAUCUUUACCCGAUAUUUCUAGUACUGUAAGUCUUUCAACGUUGUUUAGAAAAGAGGAAAUAAAAGUCGGACGACUCAUGUCGACAGCCAUAUUUUUCGUGCUGGUAAAUGUAUAAUCAAAGAUAUGUGGCUUGAAACAUUCAUUCCGUGCAGCUUUUGUCAAUGCAGCUUUUGUCAAUGCAGCUUUGUAAGUAAGGGUGCAAAGCAGUGAAUUCAACAUUUUUAAUCAAAUUUUCAGAAUCACAAAAAUUUACAUAUGAUAUUUACACUUUGAUCAAUAAGAAACAAUGUUUAGCUAGUAAGACAAAAAUAGUUGUUAAGAAUAUAUGAAUCUGAUAGAAUCUUUUUUGUCAAAUAUGGUGACUUUAUAUCUACUGUAACAUAACGCGAUGUUACUUUGCUUUUGUCUAGUCAUCACUCCAGAAAAAAAAUCAUUAUCAUGAAUUUUAACAGAGUGAACGAUAUCCGGAACUGAAUCAAAUGAAUUCUUGUACAAAAAUCACAUUUUUUCUAUAAGUAGUGUGUACAGGGCUGAAGCUUAAAUUCAGGGAAUUGGUUUUAUUUUUGUUUCUAUACAGAUAAAAAUUUAUUUACAACUUUGUAUGAAAUACACUUUUAAAAACUUUCUUUUUAACAAUGCGGGAUUUGUAAAUUUAAUAGUGUAGAUAAAGUGGAAAUACAUUUUUUUGAUCGUGUAAGCAAGUUUUUAAACGUUUAUUAAUAUAAAAAAUUAUCAUUUAUUGAUUUUAUCGUUUUACUUUUGCACUUGCGGUACCGUUUACGUUUUCUUUCAGUUAUAAUAUUACGGCAUUAUUUAUUUAUUAAUUGUUUAUGGUACUCUCUAUAUGUUUUACAUAAAUUUUUAUUCUUUCAAAUUCAUACGUUUAAUUCUCACGAAAUAGUCGGCUUUAAUAUUUUCAAUCGACGAUAAUUGUUAACCGUGAAAAAUGAUACGUAUGAUUAGUUUAUAUCACUGUACUAUCAAAUUUAGAAUUUUAUAAACUCAAUUAAAAAAUAAUGUGGGCCGUUAAAAACACUGACGAAACUUUGCAUUCUCAAACAUGGAUUUGAUCACAUUAAAAAAAUAGCGUAUUCUUAUAUAUUUGCUCCAUUUGAACGCAGGACGUUCCGUACCGUAUCUGAAUUACAAACAUGUACAUCAAAAAUGCAGCUUUUUAUUGGAAUUUAACAGUUAGCACUUAACCAAUGAGAUUGUAAAUUGAGUUUUUGUUCGAUAAAGAUGCUUUUGUAUAAGUAUUAAAUUAAUUGUAAUUUAUAACUUAUAUUUUAUAGCAAUAAUAAACGCAAUUUUUAA